AUGCGGAAGGUUGAUCUGAGCAAGAGUCAUUUUAAGAAGUGGGUGACAUCUGCAAAUUCAACUACAUAUACUAGUUUUGUGGCCGCUCAGGAAAUAGUCAGGCACGGGAAGCUGUUCACAGAUGGAGAGUAUAUCAAGGAAUCAUUCAUCAAGAUUUCAGAACAUCUAUUCUCGGACUUCAAGAACAAGAGUGAAAUUGUGCAGAAAAUCAGAGAUAUGCCUCUCUCUGCGAAGACUGUGAAAGACAGAACCAUAAAAAUGGCAGAAAACAUCACCGGACAGCAAAUUAAAGACAUCAAUUCAGCUGAGGCGUACUCAAUCGCCUGUGAUGCAUCCAAAGACAAAAGUAAUAUUGAACAAAUAGUGCUGUUCUGCCGAUAUGUGAACUCUGCUGGGCCACAGGAAGAAAUGAUUCAGUUGAUACCACUAAAAGGCCAAACAUGGGGGGAGGACAUCUGUGAGGCUGUCUUGGAUUAUUUAAGAAUCAAUGAAAUAAACACCACCCACCUGGUGUCAGUGGCUACUGACGGGGCACCAAGUAUGACAGGAGCGCACAAGGGCUUUGCGGCUUUACUGCAGAAGUCGCUGGGUAGAAAGCUGCUUACAUUUCACUGCAUCCUGCACCAAGAGGCAUUGUGUGCUCAAACAUUUCCUCCAGAAUGCACAGAAGUGAUGAAUGUUGUCAUUCAGAUUGUCAAUAAAAUAAUGGCACAAGGUUUAAAUCACCGUCAGUUCCGUUUGCUACUAGAGGAGGUGGAAAGCACAUAUUCUGAUCUCCUGCUGCACAACAAAGUCCGGUGGCUGUCCAGAGGGGAGGUGCUAAAACGCUUUGCUGCGUGUCUGGAAGAGGUGAAAACUUACCUGGGCAGCAAAGGGCUCACCUUUCCUGAGCUAGAAUGGCCAGAGUGGCUGGAAAAGCUACACUUCAUGGUAGAUAUGACAGCACACCUGAACACGCUGAACACAACUCUUCAGGGUAAAGGAGGCACAGCCCUGCACAUGCUGGAGGAAGUUUUGGCAUUUGAGCGCAAGUUGACAGUGUUUGGCAGAGAUUUACAGAAAGGUACACUAUCUCACUUCCCCUCUUUGCGAGAGUUCAAACAAGGUCACAACAUGAUAAAUUCAGAGUAUUUGCAGUCUGCAAUCAUUGCAAUGGAAACAUCAUUUGGGAAGCGAUUCUGUGAGUUCAGAGAGGAAAAAAACACAUUAUCUUUCCCUGUCACUCCCCUGACCAGCGAUCCAUCUGCAUUGAAUAUGACUGCAUUUGCAGGGGUAAGUCAACCCGAUCUGGAGAUGGAACUUGCAGACAUAGCCGACAAAGAUAUAUGGGUGUCCAAGUUCCAACGCUUGACAGAUAAUCUUGAAGAUGUUGCCCGUCAGAAGGCCAAUCUCGCACUGAAUCACAAAUGGAGUGAUAUUGAAAACUUUCCCAAACUGGACAAGCUUAUAUUCGACACAUGGAAUGCUAUCCCCAGCACUUACUCAAAUAUGAAAAAAUACGCAUUUGGAGUCCUGUCGAUCUUCGGAUCCACAUACGUAUGUGAACAGGUCUUCUCCAACAUGAACUAUAUUAAAAACAAAUAUCGUUCACGCCUCACAGACAUCAGCCUGCAAUCUUGUUUAAAGAUGAAGGUGAUGUCUUACAGCCCUGAUAUGCAGAUGCUGUGUGCUGAUGUUGAGAAGCAAAAAUCACAUUAA